AUGUGCUCAUGUUGGCCGUGUACUUCAGGUAGUUCGUUCAAUUUUCGGGAUCCAUUCGACAUUUCAUCGCAACUGACUGAGGAUGAAAAAGAUCUUAUGGAAUCAGCCCGUACAUAUUGUCAGGAAAAACUUUUGCCGCGGAUUACUAAGGCGUAUAGGGAUGAAAUAUAUGAUCCUACUUUGAUCCUUGAAAUGGGUAAAAUGGGACUUCUAGGCGCUCCGUAUAAGGGAUAUGGAUGUGCUGGAACAUCUACGGUUGGAUACGGUCUUAUAGCACGGGAAGUUGAGCGGGUAGAUUCCGGUUAUAGAUCGACCAUGAGCGUUCAAACCAGUUUGGUCAUUGGACCAAUUUAUAACUAUGGAACUGAGGAACAGAAACAGAAAUAUAUACCAGGGUUAGCAAAUGGAGAACUCGUUGGCUGUUUCGGCCUGACAGAACCGAACCAUGGAUCAAAUCCAGUUGGCAUGGAGACAAAAGCUAGAUGGGACGACAAAACAAAGACUUAUUGUCUUUCUGGCACGAAGUCUUGGAUCAGCAAUAGUCCUGUAGCCGACGUUAUGAUCGUAUGGGCUAGAAGUGACAAACAUGAAAAUGACAUCAAGGGAUUCAUAUUAGAAAAAGGAAUGGAUGGUCUGACAACCCCGAAAAUAGAAGGGAAACUGUCGCUCCGUGCUUCGAUCACUGGUCAAAUAGCAAUGGACGAUGUUCCAGUACCGGAAUGUAAUCUACUUCCAAAUGUCAAGGGACUGUUAGGUCCUUUUGGCUGCCUAAAUAAUGCCCGAUUGGGAAUAGCUUUCGGAGCCCUUGGAGCGGCGGAAGAGUGCUUUCAUCUAGCUCGGCAGUAUGCUCUUGAGAGGUUUCAAUUUGGUCGGCCUCUUGCCCAAAAUCAACUCAUUCAACUUAAAUUUGCUGACAUGUUGACUGAAAUCACAUUAGGACUGCAAGCAUGCUUAAGAGUUGCACGGUUAAAGGAUGAAGGCUUGGUAACUCCUGAACAAAUUUCAAUGAUCAAGAGAAAUUCGUGUGGGAAGUCUCUAGAAAUUGCUCGUAAAGCCCGAGAUAUUCUUGGUGGAAAUGGAAUUGUUGAUGAGUACCAUGUCAUGAGACAUAUGAUCAAUUUGGAAACAGUAAACACGUAUGAAGGCACUCACGACAUCCAUGCACUUAUUCUUGGUCGUGCCAUCACUGGGUUAAACGCCUUCAACUAA